UAGAUGCCACAGUUAUUCUUCUAAUUAUUUCAUCUGUCCAAAAGGAAAACAAGAACAAAAAUACCUCAAAUCAACAUUGAAAAUAGAGAAGUUGACUUGGAUCAAUCUGAUCUCAAAAGGUGAAAGCAAGUCUAGAGACAUGGCUGAAGCUGCAAUCAUAUUCUUUCUGAGAAGGCUAGGCUAUCAGUUAAUACAAGAAGGAAAUGUUCUAUCAGGUGUGCAAGAUGAAAUUGAGUGGAUGAAGAAAGAGUUUGAAGCCAUGGUAGCUUUUCUAAGAGAUGCUGACAAGAGGCAACAGAGAGAUGAAACUGUGGCUGGUUGGGUAAAAGAGGUAAGAAUCUUGGCUUUUAAUGCUGAAGAUGUUAUUGAUGAAUUUCUUAUUCAAAUGGCUACUACUCAUUGGAAUAGCUUAUACUUCUUUAAGUACUUGAAAAUAAGGUAUCAAAUUGGCUCUCAUAUCAGAAAACUCAAGAAACAAGUCAUUGAAGUCAAAGAAAGAAAAGAUAGAUAUGUUAUCAAUGGAUUAAUGAUGUGUGAAGAUGCAUUAGCAGCUAGUAGCUAUAGAGGCACUGGUGGGAUGUCCUCUAGAGGGCCUGGUGCAGCAUCCCCUUUUGUUCGAGAAGACGAUAUUGUGGGAAUUGAACAUGAUGUUGAACAGCUAAUGAAACUCGUAUUAGAAGGGAAUGUGAAGAAUUUCCUCGCGGUUUCAGUGUUUGGUAUGGGGGGUUUGGGCAAAACUACUCUUGUGAAAGAAGUUUUCAAGAAGUCAAAAGCGUUGUUUGAUUGCCAUUCUUGGGUUUUCGUGUCACAAUCUUGUAAUUUAAAGGAUGUCUUGAAACACAUCCUCUUUGGAUUCAUAGCUAGUAGAGGAGAGCCAGCUCUGGAUGUAAUGGGUGCCAUGGAUGAGGGAUGGUUACUGGAGAGGAUCAAUGACUACUUGCAAGACAAGAAGUACUUGCUGGUUCUUGAUGAUUUAUGGGAUGAUAACCUAUGGGAAGAGCUUAAACAUGCAUUUCCGCGAAGAAAAGGGCGAAUCAUAAUUACAACAAGACUUCGCGGUAUAGCAUCUCCUCUUGAGGAUAAUUUCCACAUCUAUGAUCUCCAACCCCUCCCUUAUGAAUUAUCUUGGAGAAUCUUUUGCAAGAAGGCGUUUCGAUCAUCUCAGGGGACUUGUCCUGAUGACUUGAAGGAAUUCGCAGAGGCCAUAGUGAGAAAAUGUGGAGGUUUGCCUCUUGCAAUUGUGGCCAUCGGAGGCUUAUUGUCGUGUAAGGGAAGAAAUACUCGUGUGUGGCAAUCUGUUCUCGAUACCUUAGAUUGGGAAAUAAACCAUAACCGAGACAUUGAGCGUCUAAACAAGGCCUUGUUGUUCAGCUAUAAUCACCUUCCAUUUUACCUUAAGUAUUGUUUCCUUUAUCUCGGUUUGUUCCCUGAGGACUAUGAGAUUGGAAGGAAAAGGCUGAUCCGAAUGUGGGUGGCCGAGGGGUUUGUUGAGGGAACUGCUCAGAGAACAGAGGAAGAGGUCGCGAACCAUUACUUUGUGCAGCUUACUGACAGGAGUAUGAUUCAAGCAGUCACUAUACAUGCUCGAGAUGUGGUGAAAGCGUGCAAGCUGCAUGAUCUAGUGCGUGAUGUGGCCAAUCAAAUGCUACAGGAAGAGAAAUUUGGAUCCAUCAUAGAAGAAGCCGACAAGACCAUUCAAGAGAGACAAAGGAGACUUGCAAUCUAUGAAGAUGCAGAUAGUAUCCCCUCAGACAUCAGUAAGUUGAAUCUGAGGUCCCUUCUCUUUUUUAGAGUAAAUGAAUUGUCAUUUUCUGCUCUACAAAAACUGCUAAGGCAGCUCAGAUUGGUAAGAGUUCUAGAUUUACAAAAUGCUCCUCUAGAAAAACUACCAAAUGAGAUUGGUAAUUUGAUUCAUCUCCGGUACUUAGAUUUAAGAGGGACUUUGAUAAACGAACUUCCAAAAUCAGUGAAGAAUUUGAGGAAUCUACAGACAUUGGAUGUGAGAAACACAGAAGUUAAACAUUUGCCUGCUGGAAUCAAUGAGCUGCAACACCUAAGACAUCUUCUCCUGUCAAGUUUCCGUGACAGAGAAAAUGGAUUUGUGAAGAUGGCUAGUGGGGGAAAAGACUUUGUGAAGCUACAAACACUAUCUGGAAUUGAAUCAGAUGAAGACUUAGUUAAACAACUUAGAAGUUUAACAAGCUUGAGGAAAGUCUACAUAGGGAAAAUGACACAAGCCAACAGCGGAGAUUUUUGCCAAUCAUUAGAAAGGAUGAGCAAGUUGAGGUCCUUAACAGUGUUAAGUGAGAGUCCAUUUGAGCAAAACAUACAAAUGGAAUCUCUCACAAAGUCCACUAAGCACUUGGAGAAACUCAAACUCCAAGUCCAUAUGAAAAAACUGCCAGGAUGGUUCGAUUCUCUUAGUUGCCUUCACUCAUUGUAUCUUUUCAAGAACUUCUUAACAGAAGAUCCAUUUCCUAUACUUGGAAAGCUUCCAAGCAUAGCUAUUCUGACAUUAGCAUCUUCAGCUUACGUAAACAGCAUCGUUAACAUCCCUCCGGGAGGAUUUCCUAAGCUCAAACUGUUGAGGAUUCUUGGCAUGGAAAAUUGGACUACUUGGAUGCCUAUUGAGAAGGGUUCUAUGCCAGAAAUUCAGUUUCUUCUGAUAGCUAAUUGUCCAAGGCUAACUAACUUACCAGAUGGCUUCAAUCACCUUACUAGCCUUGAUGACCUCACCCUUAUGGGCAUGUCCCUCUUUUUCGCUCAUAAAUUGCAGAGCAGAGAUAAGUGGAAAACUGCUCAUGUCAAGGAAGUUUCAAUCAUUUCAGAAGUCAAUGGCCAAAUUGUCAAGAAAAAACUCAACACUCCUCUUGUUAACUAGAGUAUUCAAAUGGAUACUGACAUACUUGUUUUGUUUUAUAACAUUCUAUUGUGCUAUGCAGGCAACAAUAUACUAUAAUGUUGGAAUUGACGUGAGAGUUUACAUUGCA